AUGUCCCGAUUCGUUAUGGACUACGAGAGACGACGAGAGAGCGAGAGACGAAUCGAAGAAGACACACAAGAGUCGGAGAUCCAGACAUUGCUCGUCGAAGCGCUGGAGUUUCACGAGAUGGAGAACGCCCAAAACCACCACACGGACUCGUACGAGCUCGUCUACGACGGGACGCCCGUGCUUCGGAGGGGAGAGGCCUUCUUCGUGACGCUCCGGUUCAAAGACAGGGAUUACGAGGCCGAGAGGGACAUGGUCAAGUUCGUCUUCAGCUUCGGGAACCGGGCGAGCCUCCCCAAGGGGACCAAAGUGGUCCUGACGCUCACCGACAGAACCGAAUUCACGCUCGAAGGCGAGUGGGACAUUCGGCUCCACGAUCACCAAGGAUCCGCCGUCACCGUUCAGAUACAAAUCCCGCCGACCGUAACCGUGGGCCUUUGGAAGCUGGUAAUCGAGACGGGGACCUUUACCGAGACGCCGAACGUCAUCACCGGCAUCCAAGAACAUAAGGUCAAGGAAGACAUCUACAUCCUAUUCAACCCAUGGAGCUCAGGAGACAGCGUCUACAUGGAGGCACCAGAAGACUGUGAAGAGUACGUCCUCAACGACACCGGGAAGAUCUGGGUCGGCACCUUCAAGAGCCAGUAUGGUCGGCCCUGGGUGUACGGCCAAUUCGACGACGCCGUACUCCCGGCCGUCAUGACCCUGCUCGAGCUCGCCGGGCUCCAGCCGACCGACUGGGCCAACCCGAUCCUCGUCGUCCGGGCCAUCUCUCGUGCG